AUGGCCCAGUCUCUGAACGAAGGCUUCACCCGGCUUGCCACCGAAUUAUCCGGCAACUCUCACGACAAACCUCUUCGAGCCUGCUUGUACGAACGAAUGUUAAUCCUUCUGGAAGAACUUUCUAUCGGUUCAGUUAGGGAUUUAGAAGAUUGGGUCGUCGACCGUGUAACCUUCAUAACCAGCCUCAACAGACCUGGUCACAUUUACAAGGGCAAGAAGGAAGUUAUCAAAUACUUUGAUGACUUCCCGGACGAUCAACGUUCGGAAACCCAUUUCGAAGGCCUCCCAAUCCUAGUCAUUGUCGACCGCGGUCGAAUUACAUGCCACAUGGAGCGGAUGUACUGCGCAAAUGUCGAGACCAACAAGUUUGAGAAAGAAACUUUCCUACUCGUAUUUGAUCUAAAUGCCAACAAUUAUAUCGAACGCAUCGAGUAUCGUCUACUACAAUCCAAGAAGGUGUCUAUUGUAGGACUCAACGAAACGGAGGUUCUGCGGGAUUUUGAGGCUGAGGCAAAGAAGAGAGCCGCCGCCGUCGAUCAUUCGCUCUCUUUCUAA